AUGGAGGCCGAGCCAGCCCCGGACUUGUCGAUGCUUCGAGAGUUGCUGACGCCGCCCUGUCUGGACCCCGAACCGCCCCCGGAACUCCCCACCCAGCAGGCACCAAGGACUCCAGGAUGCCUCAGACCCAGUGGCAGGUCCUUCUGGCCUGCACACCAGGACUUGGUCACCGACUUGCACUUCCUCCAAGAGCCAGCAGAGGGGCUGGCCCAGUCCCCCACCUGGGACACCCAGGCCCUAGGGCCCUGCUGGGAGCCGAAGGCCCUGGAGACUCUGGGAGCCCUACCUCUGGCCGAGGAUGCCAAGAACAUGCUGACCCCAGUCAGCCAGCAGAGCCCCAGCCUGGGGCCCCAAGUGGGUCCCCCGGCCUCUUCAGCCCAGCCACAGAGGAGACCCCGGAAGCAGUCGAACCCCCAGCGGGGCGCCGAGAAAGUGGACCCCCGGUUCGAGGGGGUGACCCUGAAGUUUCAGAUAAAGCCAGAUUCCAGCCUACAGAUCAUACCCAUCUACAGCCUGGCCUGCAGCACCCGCUCUCAGGGUCCCCCGCCAGGCCCUGCCAGAGGCCCAGAGGCCAACGCAGGAGGCAGCGAGUCCCUGGGGCGCCGACGCUGUGCUUCCUGUAGGACCCAGAGGACCCCACUCUGGAGAGAUGCCGAAGAUGGGACCCCCCUCUGCAAUGCCUGUGGUAUCAGGUACAAGAAAUACGGCACCCGGUGCUCCAGCUGCUGGCUGGUGCCCAGGAAAAGUGUCCAGCCCAAGAGACUGUGUGGCAGAUGUGGGGUGUCGCUGGGUCCCCCCCCAGUCCCAACUCAGGAAGGGUAA